GAAGAAGAAGAAAGAAAAGGAUGAGGGUAGUUGGGAUAUAAAGCGGGAGUUACAGGGAGAUAUUUCUUUUAUUAUAGAAGAGAAUUCCACCGUCGCCGGCGGUCGUCGGAGUGGCUGUGAAAUCAUGUCGCUAGAGAUCAAACUCUCCCGUUCACAUCGGAUUUAUCGGCCAAAUGAAGCUCUGGAAGGGAAAAUCGUGGCGAAAAUUUCAUCUUCAGUGUCUCACCAAGGAAUUCGACUUACCAUCAAUGGCUCAGUCAAUUUGCAGGUUCGUGGAGGAUCAGCUGGACUGAUAGAAUCGGUAUAUGGUGUUGUCAAGCCUAUUCCAAUUGUGAAAAAGACCAUUGUUGUCCAACCUUCAGGAAAGAUUGGCUCUGGUGUCACAGAGAUACCAUUUUCCAUAAUCCUGAAAGAUAAAGGAAAAGAGGACCAGGAAAAAUUUUAUGAAACAUUUCAUGGAGGAAAUAUCAGUGUACAGUAUUUGGUGACUGUAGAUGUUGCAAGAGGAUACCUCCAUAAAUCUUUGUCUGCUGCCCUGGAGUUCAUAAUUGAAAGUGAAAAAGACAGUCUUCCUGAGAAACCUAUUUCUCCUGAAACGAUUCUCUUUUAUAUAACUCAGGACACCCAAAGACACACAUUACUUCCUGAACUAAAAUCAGGUGGUUUUCGAAUAAGUGGUAGAGUGUGUUCCCAAUGUUCUGUGCUGGAUCCCCUUACCGGCGAGUUAACAAUUGAAGCAUCUGGAACACCUAUUCAAUCCAUUGAUAUUCAUUUGUUUAGGGUAGAAUCAAUAUUGGUUGGAGACCAUGUAGCCACAGAGGCCUCUAUUGUGCAAACAACACAGAUUGCAGAUGGAGACGUAUGCCGUGGUUUGGCCCUGCCCAUUUAUGUUAUACUUCCACGUCUUCUGACAUGCCCAACGAUUUAUGCUGGGCCAUUUUCCAUAGAGUUCAAAAUUACCAUUGUGAUUACCUUUCAAUCGGAACAGACCAAGGCACAAAAAAAAUUUGAUCCGAAAUACCCACAGCCAUGGGUAAGCAAACACAUCAAAUUGUUUGUAAUUUAUACCAUCCUUCUGAGUCUAAAAUAUCUCAUGAUGGGAAUUUAGAUGGCCCUGGAAAGUGUUCCAUUGGAAUUGGUCAGGACAAAGUGAACUAUUUGAGGUAACAGAUCUGCCAUGCAGAUUUCUGACUUCAUCAAUUGUUGGCAAUUGGUGGAAUUCAAUGCACCCACAAUGCUCCUGUGUCAUCGAAUAUUUUCUCGGAAUCUUAUAUGGGAGAGAGACGGUCAAAUUAGAUCCUUAAAUAGGUCCAAAACAUCUUCGUUUUCUUCACAGAUGGGGCAUCACUUAAGACGAACUAGCUACCUUUACUGAAGCUGUGGUGGUAGAGGGGAUGUAAGUUGACAUUGAUCAACUUUCAAGGUUGCAUUAGGUCGUAGCAGUGAACAUACAUAUAUUUUCUGGAAGAAAAACAUAUUGAGUUGAGUGAGAUGCAGCAGUUGUGAGAGUAGUAAAGAGCAGAAGCUGUGUUACUGGCACUUCUGUGUGACUGCCUUUGUAGUUUGUUAGCCAUUGUAUUCCAUUUCUAAGGGGCCAAAAAGCUUACUUCCAAAAUUGAUGGACGCUUUCCUGCGCUCUGAACUUCGUUGAUCAGAUUUUGAGUAACAUUGUUUUUGCUUUCAAAAUGGGACUUAAGGAUUCAUUCAUCCUUCCCAAAUAUACAAAUAUGUUAAUUAUUCUCCCAAUUUAAUCUAGGCCUUCCAUGAUGCAUUGAUGCUGGAUUUGGACAGGAUCAGAACUAGAAGAACCAUGGGUGGAAAAUUGUAUCUUUAUUGAAUCUGAAUGAACAGUGAUCUGUUUAUACGUAGGAGAUAGGCUUCCCUUCCUAAUCUAUUAAUCAUAAUAAUAUCAUUAUAUAUAUGCUAAUCAUAUCCCUAUAAAUUAAGUCAGCUUACAUAUACACUA